CAGGAAGCACCUGGGUGGAGGCCUCCUUCGGCAGAGCCAGAGAUGGCAUCCGUAGACUUCAAGACCUACGUGGAUCAAGCCUGCAGGGCUGCCGAGGAGUUCGUCAACGUCUACUACACCACCAUGGAUAAGCGGAGGCGCCUGCUGGCCCGCCUCUACAUGGGCACAGCCACCCUGGUGUGGAAUGGAAACGCAGUUUCAGGACAAGAGUCCUUGAGUGAGUUUUUUGAAAUGUUGCCUUCCAGUGAGUUCCAAAUCAAUGUGGUUGACUGCCAGCCUGUACAUGAUGAAGCCACCCCAAGCCAGACCACAGUCCUCGUUGUGAUCUGUGGAACAGUGAAGUUUGAAGGCAACAAACAACGGGACUUCAACCAGAACUUCCUUCUGACUGCCCAGGCCUCACCUAGCAACACAGUGUGGAAGAUAGCAAGUGAUUGCUUCCCGUUCCAGGACUGGGCCAGCUGGUAGAGCUCUGGAGAGAAACACAUCUCAAAAUGUGGGGACACCAGUUCCUUUCUGUUGUUGUGGGCUACGCUGCCCAGGGUGAACUCUGCAUUUGCUCGAGUCCAAGGAGCCCCUUUACGAGUAUACUUAUUUGUCAUAGUUGCCUUUUCGUAGUACAGUUUUCUAUUUUUCUACUUGUCCGGUAGAGACCCUGGUUCUGGAAAUUCU